AUGGAUCCGAGACUUCAAGAAGCUGCUGAAUCUGGAAGCACCGACGAGUUGUAUGCUCUGAUUGAUGAGAAUCCGUACAUACUUGACAACAUUGAUGCUGUGCCAUUUGUCAACACUCCCCUCCAUGUAGCUGCAGCUGCCGGGAACAUACAAUUUGCCAUGGAGGUGCUCAAUCUUAAGCCCUCUUUUGCCCGAAAGCUGAACACAAGCGGGUACAGUCCAUUGCAUCUCGCUGUGGACGAGGAUCAAAGAGACUAUGUCUCCUGGAUGCUCAGGCUUGAUCACGAACUUGCUCUCGUAAAAGGGAGAAAUAACAUCACGCCGUUCCUUUUCCUAGUGUUACGAGGAGACGUAAAUCUUGUGGCAGAGUGUCUCAUGUCUUGCUCUGAAUGUAUCCAAGAUGUGAAUGUUAAUGGCCAUAACGCUCUUCACCUUGCUGUGAUGAAUGAUAGAUUUGAAGUUCUCCAAGUCCUCACCGGAUGGAUCCAGAGAAUGAGUCAAAGAAAUGCUUUCACGAUCGAGAUCAGUGCUCUGAAUAAAAAGGAUUUCAGCUACAACACGGCCUUGCACCUUGCAGCAUAUAAGAAUGACCAUCAGGCAUGCUUUAUUUUCUCCAUCUCGUUUUUUCUUAUACCAGAUGCGGUUCGACUGCUACUAGAGUGUCGGUUGGUGGAGCGAAACACAGUAAAUGGUGAGGAUCUAACAUUCCUUGAUAUCCUAAGAGAUCAGGGACAGAACGCAGGUGACUGGGACUUGGAUUUGGAACAGGUUGUUCUAAAAAGCCGGUGUAAAGAGGCGGCUUCCAUGCCAAGAUCCAGGGCAAUGUCUGAUUUUUUAAAAUCACCAAUCAGUUUCUGGACAUACUGCACCAUGAUCACGAAACGCCUAAGGUCUAACACUUCAGAAGAAGCUCGUGGAGCCUUCCUGAUUGUAUACACUUUGAUAAUAACAGCAACUUACCAGACCGCGCUCCAGCCUCCAGGAGGCGGACACCAAUCCGAGGAUGCGAAAGCGGGUUCCGUGGGGAUGAAACAUACGUUCUUCAUCCUUCUUUGGUUUUCCAACACCUUGGGCUUCUGCUGGGCUCUGUUCAACACCUUUUGUCUCUUACCGCUCAGACGUGCGUUUACGUCAGGGUUCCUUCUCAUUGCGACAUCUCUGUGCGUUUCUUAUGCACUUGCAAUGGCGGUUAACUCGUCAGGCCCUCUCUUCUUCAUCUCCCUGAACUUCGCUAUCUUCGUGUUGUUUGCAAUCUACAUCUUGUUGGGAGCUUUGGUUACGAGGAAGCAUCGGAUGGUGGCACAUGAGCCCUUUGAAAGGUUUAAUACAACUUACUAUAGGCAGAAGAGAGGGCUUUGA